AUGUGGAAGUUUAAGAUGCAGAUGGUGCUGGAAGACCGCGACCUGUGGGACGUCAUGAAUAACGACUUCAAUCCAGCACUGUCUUACGUCCAAGGACCAAGUGAUGUACAGCAGAAGGCGAGGAACGCGUUUGCAAUCAUCUGUCUGGCGAUGGAAGACUUGCAGCUUCCACUGGAGCAAUCUUUACUUGGUGCUUUUGAAGCAUGGACGGCGUUGAUGACGCACUCUGAGAAUAAGACACAAGUGCAGACACUAGCGGAGCAGGUCGACGCGGUCGGCGCACCGGUCAGCGACGAAUACCUUGUCAUCACACUCUUGAGCAGCCUUAACGACUCGUUUCAGUUACUGAUAACUGCGCUCGAAUAUGGUUCGGACGAGAUCACUAGAAAACUAGUGACAAGUUUUCUGCUGGACGAAGACCUCACACAAAGGAGCAGAACGACGGCGUGUGUGCGUCCGAAAUAG